CGGGCCCUCCUACUACUGCCGCCGACAGAGCCGGAGACUUUUGAGGGAGUUGGGAGACUGGUUUUCGUGACAGAAAUCCAAGUCCAUCGGUGGGUUCAGACGGACUUCACAACGGUUUGCCGAGGAGGAGAGCCCCUCUGAUAGAGCCAAGAUGCUGAAUAUGUGGAAAGUCAGAGAGUUGGUGGACAAAGCCACCAACGUUGUGAUGAACUACUCUGAGAUCGAGUCCAAGGUUCGAGAAGCCACCAACGAUGACCCCUGGGGUCCGUCGGGUCAGCAGAUGGCGGAGAUCGCCAAGUCCACCUUCAUGUAUGAGCAGUUCCCUGAGGUGAUGAACAUGCUGUGGUCUCGCAUGCUGAAGGACAACAAGAAGAACUGGAGGAGGGUGUACAAGUCUCUGCUGCUGCUGGCAUACCUCAUCAGGAACGGGUCGGAGCGAGUUGUCACCAGCGCCCGAGAACACAUCUACGACCUGCGCUCCAUAGAGAGCUACCACUGCAUAGACGAGAACGGGAAGGACCAGGGCAUCAACGUGCGGCAGAAGGUGAAGGAGAUGGUGGAGUUCGUGCAGGACGACGACCGGCUCAGGGAGGAGAGGAAGAAGGCCAAGAAGAACAAAGACAAAUACAUCGGAGUGUCCUCAGAGAGCACGGGGGGGUUCAGAUACACGGGGGACCGGUAUGACCCGGAGGCCAGGUCUAAGUGGGAUGAGGACUGGGACCGGGGCAAUGCCUUCCCCUUCAGCGAGAAGCUGGGCGAGAUCAGCAACAAGAUCGGCAGCACCAUCGACGACACCAUCAGCAAGUUCCGCAAGAAGGAGCGCGACGACUCGCCCGACAGGGGCAGCGAUAACGAGGAGGACCGGGACCGGGUGUCGCGGAACGGCCGGCCGGCGAAGUCGGAGUUCAAGGACGAGGAGGAGGAGGCGUCGCCCCAGAGCCCGCCGGUGGUGCCGGCCACGGAGGGCACGGCCACCCGCAAGAGAGGAGGCGUCCCGUCCCGAACCGUGGACCUGGGGGCGGCCGCACACUACACCGGGGACCAGCCCAGCCCCAGCGCCGGCAAGAAGGCCCAGACAGCAGAUUCGGGGGCCAGUCAGAGCUCCGGUGGUGCGAUUGUAGACCUGCUGAUGGUAGACUCCGCCCCAGCCAGCCAGUGCCUGCAGCUCCAGCUCCUGAUCUGAUUGGUGGAUUCGCAGAUUUCAGUUCACAAGCAGCUUCUGCGAGUUUCCCUGCAGCUGCAGGUAGGUGUGGCCACAUGUGACCCCCGCCCACAUACCUCAAGCUCCUCCCACACCCCUC